AGAGAGAGAGGGAGAGAGAGAGGAAUACCCAGCUGGUCCCACUCGCCCUAUAACACCCAGCACAACAUGCUUUACCUUCACUGAAAGCUGAGCCGGGUGAGUGCAGCUCACAGCGCGUCGCUCAGUCCUGCAGCAUCUUCACCUUCAGCUGGAACUUUUACCUUUUCUCUGACCGUCUCACGUUUUGACCUGACAGCAGAAACUCCUGGAUAACCCUCAGACUACAGGAGCCUCCUCUCUCUCUGUGUGUGUGUGUGUGUGUGUGUGUGUGUGUGUGUGUGUGUGUGUGUGUGUGUGUGUGUGUGUGUGUGUGUGUGUGUCUGUGUGUGUGUGUGUGUGUGUGUGUGUGUGUGUGUGUGUGUGUGUGUGUGUGUGUGUGUGUGUGCUGUCAGAGGUGAUGGUCUCUCUUUCACACAGAGGGCUCCUCCUCAGGUGAUGGUAUGUCUUUUUGGAGAUAGGGACCACUUUUGGAAACGUGCUCUGUUUUUUCACCAUCUUUUCUUUCUUGCUGCUAAAGCGUGUCAGCGGCUCCAGCAUGGCUCUCUACUCCCGCUUUGUGCUCGUGUUACUUUACGGAUGGAGUUAUCUGUGCGUUGGAUAUUGCGCGAUGCUGAAAACGGACAAUUUCCCCGAGAGACGGAAGGUGGAUUUUACGCACUCGGUGGAUAAAAAGCAGCCCGUGAAGGAGGACCAGGACCCGCUCUUACAGGAUACACUGACGGGACACAUGCAGAUGCUUUACGCGAAGUACAACCGAGCUGGAUUUCCCUUCAAGGACGGAAACACGGUCCGGAGUUUCAAAGCGCACUGGGGAACGAUAAACCAGAAGCAGCUGCAGAUCUUCAACCUGACGUCCCUCACUAAGUCUGAGGACGUCCUGUCGGCCACUCUCCAUUAUUACAUCGGAGACCUUCAGAACAGCACGCAGAGCCGCCACGGGCCCCGCAGGCACAGCCACAUCCACAUGGUCGUCUGGAGCUUCGCCUCCGUGGACAACCGCACGAGGACUCUGGGACACGUUCGCAUCAACGUGUCCACGCUGUACAGGGACUUCAUCUCGUGGCAGUGGAAGGACGUCACCCGCGUGGUCAACCAGGCCAAAAACCACGACCAGCUCCUUAUCGGGAUCGACGUGGUCUCGCAGGGACCCCGGCCCUGGAAGGAGCUGCUGUCGGACCGCUCGCCGUACAUCCUGGUCUACGCCAAUGACUCGGCCAUCUCCGAACCCGAGAGCGUGGUCGCCACUCUGCAGAGGCGCCACCUGGUGGGAGGCGAGGGCGCCGUCCCGCACGGCCUACAGAAACUGCGUCCUCAAGAGCGAAACGACACCGAACACGAGCAGAGGAAGCCGCGACGCGCUCGCUCGGUGAACGUUCUGCUGCCGCUGCAGAACAACGAGCUCCCCGGGCCCGAGUAUCCGUACGAGACGACGGGCUGGGACGAGACGAGUCCGUACGAACCUUUAGAGAACAAGCAGGCCCGCCGGCCGCGCAAAAAGACGAGAGGCAAGAACCAGCGGCACAAGAUGCCCCUGCUGCAGUUUGACGAACAGACGAUUAAAAAGGCGCGGAAGAAGCAGUGGAACGAGCCGAGGAACUGCGCCCGCCGCUACCUGAAGGUGGACUUCGCCGACAUCGGAUGGAGCGAAUGGAUUAUAUCGCCAAAGUCGUUUGACGCCUACUACUGCUCAGGAUCCUGCCAGUUCCCCAUGCCCAAGGCUCUGAAGCCGUCGAACCACGCCACCAUCCAGAGUAUAGUGCGAGCGGUGGGCGUCGUCCCGGGCAUCCCCGAGCCGUGCUGCGUCCCGGAGAAGAUGUCCUCCCUCAGCAUCCUCUUCUUCGACGAGGACAAGAACGUGGUGCUGAAGGUUUACCCCAACAUGACCGUGGACUCCUGCGCGUGUCGAUAGUUUUUUUUAAUCCCGUUAGCGUCAGAUCUCUCGCGUACAGAAAAGCCGCCAAACCCCAUCAAACUGUCUCCUCCCGUUUCUUCAGUCGUACACAUAUUCCCUCACAAACACCCACUGAACAACACUCACUGUUUGCACUGGAGGAGAGAACUUCCUGAUGUUCCAGGUGGAAAGAAAACUGUUCAGGACGACGAACGGAUCGUAUUCAAGGUACCUGGAAUUUCAUCCUGCACCGCUGUUUCCCCUUUGCCAUACUCCGAUUGGAUCACCCCUGCUGAGUGAUUUGUUGGACAAUGGCGGGGUGACGGCAAACAUGAACUUACUUCCCACA